UUAUCAAAUUAUAAUGAGGUCAUUUAUGCAUCCUGUACAGUACUAUAUAUAUGUACAUUUUCAUGUUCCUUUACGCUGCACUGUUAUGCUACAGUGAUAAAAAGAAAAACAGAGAAGAAAAAAAAACGUUUCUCAAUUUUCUCUUUUUACAGCAGAAAUGAGAAAAAAAAAUUGAUUUUGUUUUUAGCGUGAAAACUUUUGCGGUGGUGUAAAUGUACGUCGAAUCUGUUGUCCUCGCAGCAAUCGGCGUCCAAUUUUAGAGCGAGAGAGAGAGAGAAAUAAAAAAAAAUGUGCGAUCGCAAAGCAUCCCCGCCUUCCUCCUCGUCGUCGAGCGCCGCCGCCGUGAACCGCUGCUGGAGCCGGCAUUCCGCGGAGGAGGAGGUCGGUUGCACGGGGAGAUCGUGCCAGUCGUGCACGGCAGGCGUGAUCGCGGACUGCGUCGCCGUCUGCUGCUGCCCGUGCGCGGUGGUCAACAUUUUCACCCUGGCCUUCGUGAAGCUGCCGUGGUCGGUGGCGCGGAGGUGCAUCGGCCGCCGGCGGGAGAGGAGGCGCCGUCUGGAGGAGGCGAUGACGUCGGAGAUCGUGGUGAAUAUUGGCGAGGAGUUGUUAAAUGACGAAUUAGGGGCUGAGUUGAAAGGGGAAGAGGUGUGGUUGGAGUUGUAUGAGUUGGGGCAUUUGGGUUUUGGUAGGGGGGUUCCUUUACGGGGGGGAUUCCUUUCCAAGACAAGGGCGAUUAGGGAAUUUCGCUUCCCUUUUUCACAUUUCUUUCCCCGAGGGAAAAGCUUUACCAUUUUUUACGGUCUUCAUUGGUGGAUAUUUAAAUGACCGUUUUACCCUUAUAGAAUAUCUGUAGUUUUAGCAGUUAUUGAUGGCCGAUUCGUAAAAAGAAAGUUUCAAGAAUUUCUCCCUCUCUUUCUCAUCAUUUUGUACACAUAUCUGUUGGGAU